AUGUUUUCAGGAAAGACCGCCAUCUUCGCUCUGCUCCUCGCGCUGCGUGUCGGCGCGACAGUCGACGACGAGGCGCUCGGCCUCUCACAGCACAUAUUUCUCUCCGCGGCCAAUACCACUGUAGAGGAGCCUCUCCCACCCGUCAUCGACCUGGGCUACGCGAAGUACGAGGGCGUCUACGACGAAAGCACUCGCACGAACCGCUUCUUGGGUAUUCGUUAUGCGGCACCUCCCACUGGCCACCUACGCUGGCGCCCACCACAACCACCCGCUCGCGAAGCAGACGAGUCCUCAAUCAUCAAAGCAGACACCCUUCCACCCAUGUGCUACGGCACUGGCUUCGGCUUCGCGCCCCUCGAGCCUCCGCCAAGUUCUGACCUGCCAUUCUCGGAAGAUUGUCUGUUCUUGAACCAUACCGCACCUCUUGAUGCUCGCCCAAAGAAACCCGUCCUCGUCUGGAUCCACGGCGGCGGGUUCAAUGUCGGAAGCAUCCGCGGGUACACCGGGCAAGACAUCUUCGACGGGCAGGACCUCGUAGACGCUUCCAACGGCGACUUCGUCGUCGCCGUGAUCCAGUACCGGCUGAACGUCUUCGGCUUCCUAUCCGGUGAAGAGGUCAAGAAGGAGGGAGUGCUGAAUGCUGGAUUGUUGGACCAGCAAUUCGCUCUCCGGUGGAUCCAGGAGCACAUCGCUAAAUUUGGUGGCGACCCCGACGACGUGACCCUCUUCGGCGAGUCCGCGGGCGGCAGCUCCGUCAUCCAACACAUCAUCGCGAACGGCGGGCAAACCCACCCGCCGCUCUUCCACAAGGCCAUGGUCGCGUCUUCCAGCGCGCUCCCUCAGUACGACUAUAAUCAUCCGGUGGUCGAGAACGACUACGCCGCGAUCCUCCGCGCGACCAACUGCUCCUCCCUCGCCUGCCUGCGCACCACUGACGCCUCCACCCUGCGCGCCGCCGCCUACGCCGUCUGCGCCGGCAAAUUCUACGGAUCCUUCUCCUUCCUCCCCGUGGUCGACGGAGAGCUCAUACGGCAGCGCCCACUCGCAGCUCUCGCGCUGGGGCGCGCAAACGUGGACGAACUCCUCGCGACCACGAACACCAACGAGGGCGCUUUCUUCACCAGCCCCGCCCUCGCCUCCCUCCCGCUUGCCGAUCUCGUCUCCGGGUGGUUCCCUGCAUUGCCCGCCGAGCGGGUCGCGAAGGCGGUCGAAAUCUACCGGCCGCUAGGCACGCCGGAAGAGGUGCAGAGGACGCUCGUCGCUGAGGCCGUCUUCGUCUGCCCGUCCUACGCCGCCUCGGCCGGCUUCAGGGAGUUCUACAAAGCCACGCUAGCGGUGGCGCCCGCGGGCCAUGGGCAUGACGUGAACUACUACUUCAAGUCAGCUUCGCCGACGCAUUCACGGGAAUCUUCACGAGCUUCGCGCGCGACGGGCGGCCGUCUGCACGAUGGGGAAGGAGGGACUCUGGCUUCUUCACUCAGGUCGUCGACACCCUCAAGGCGCUUCAACUGGCCAGCCUGGUCAAAAGGCCGCCCCGAAGAGGUUCUCUUUAACGUCACUGAGUCAGGCGAGCCGUACAUCGAACCCAUGCGUACUGAGACAGGACUUCUGGCGAGAUGCGAGUUCUGGAGUGGCUUGAGCGAGUAUUUGGGACAAUAG